AUGGCCCCGUGGCUGCCCACCAAGGAGGAGAAGUAUGGCGUGGCUGUGUGGAACUUCCCGCGCACCAGCGAGCAUCACCUCCCGCUGCAGAUCGGGGAGACGGUGCACAUCCUGCAAGCCUCCGAGGGCUGGUACCGCGGGUACUCGCUCAGGAACAGGGCUGCCCGGGGCAUCUUCCCGGCCUCGCUCAUCCACCUGAAGGGCGCCGUGGUGGAGCGCAGGGGGGCGGAGGCGGGCGUGGCAGGGCAGACGGAGCGGUACCGGCAGGUGAAGCGGAUGAUGUACGAGCUGAUGGAGCGGCGCUCGCAGCUGCUCUCGGGGACGCUGCCCAAGGACGAGCUCCUGCAGCUCAAGAAAGAGGUGACCGGCAAGAUCGACUACGGCAACAAGAUUCUUGCACUGGACCUGGUGGUGCGGGACAAGGACGAAAACAUCCUGGACCCUGACAGGACCAGCAUCAUCAGCCUCUUCCAGGCACACAAGAAGGCUGCUCAGACCAUCACACAGCGCAUCCAGGAGGAGAUGAGCCCGCAGCAGAGCUGGCUGGGCUGCAGCACCCGCCUGGCGGCUUCACCCUCCCACAGCCUCUACCUCUGCGUGCGCAACUUCGUCUGCAACAUUGGCGAGGAGGCACAGCUCUUCAUGGCGCUGUACGACCCCAGCGAGCAGCGUAUGAUCAGGCAGAACCAGGGUGCCAGGCACAGGGACCAGUGGUGGCUCUGCACCCACUGGUUCAUCCUCCAGCGUAGCCCUGGGUACCCUAUGGACCUGGGCAGCAAAGACCUGAAGCGGGAGAAGCUUUUCCUGGUGUGCCAGAUCAUCCGGGUGGGACGCAUGGACCUCCGGGAGACCUACAGCCGUAAGCUCAGCACGGGCCUCCGUCGGCCCUUCGGCAUCUCAGUGAUGGACAUCACGGAUAUCACCAAGGGGAAGUGUGAGAGCGACGAGGACAAGCAGCACUUCAUCCCUGUGCACCUGGCGGCUGCAGACAAUGAUUUUCUUCACAACAUGAUCAGGAAAGCGGUGGAGGGGAAGGACAUCAACCACAAGGGACAAGGGUUCUGGGUGUCCCUGAAGAUGCUCUGGGGAGACCUGAGCCAAGUGCGGAAGGACCAUCCCCACCUCGUGGACCGCAGCACAGUGGUGGCACGCAAGCUGGGCUACCCGGAGGUCAUCAUGCCAGGAGAUGUCAGGAACGACAUCUACCUGACGCUGGUGCAGGGCGAGUUUGACAAGGGGAACAAGAAGACGCAGAAGAACGUGGAGGUGACGGUGUGCGUCUGCGAUGAGUCAGGCAGCGUUGUGCAGAAUGUGAUUUACCACGGCGCGGGGGACAAGCCGGCGAGCGAGUACCGCUCUGUGGUCUACUACCAGCAGCGGCACCAGCGGUGGAUGGAGACGGUGAAGAUUGCUGUUCCCAUUGAAGAUGUCCACAAGACCCACCUGAGAUUCACCUUCCGGCAUCGCUCCUCCAGCGACUCCAAAGACAAAAGCGAGCGGAUUUUCUCCAUGGCCUUCGUGAAGCUGAUGCGACCGGAUGGCACCACGCUGCGUGACGGGGAGCACGACCUGGUUCUGUACAAGGGUGACAGCAGGAAGCUGGAGGAUGCCACUGCGUACCUGACCCUGCCCUCCACGAGGCACCUGUCGGAGCCGAAGCUUCUCUCCGGCUCUUCCUUCCGCGUGAGCGGAGGUGCGUCGGGCUUAACCGUGUCGGCCCGGGACAGCUUCCAAAUCUCCACGCUUGUCUGCUCCACAAAGCUGACCCAGAACGUCAACCUGCUGGGGCUGCUGAAGUGGCGCUCUAAGCCCAGCCUCCUCGCCGGGAACCUCCAAAAGCUGAUGAACGUGGAUGGAGGGGAGGUCAUCAAGUUCCUCCAGGACACAUUGGAUGCCUUGUUCUCCAUCAUGAUGGAGAAUGCGGACACGGAUGUCUAUGACACGCUUGUCUUUGAUGCCCUGGUUUUCAUCGUGGGGCUGGUGGCCGACAGGAAGUUCCAGCAUUUCAACGCCGUCCUGGAGGCCUACAUCCGUCAGCAUUUCAGUGCCACACUCGCCUACAAGAAGCUGAUCUCGGUGUUGACACAGUACCUGGACCAAGCGAGCCGGGGGGAGCCCUGCGAGCCGCUCACGCGCACCUUCAAGGCCCUGGAGUAUAUCUUCAAGUUCAUCGUCCGCUCCCGGCACCUCUAUGCCCAGCUCUACGAGGGGAAGGAGACAGCUGAGUUCCAGCAAUCACUGCAGCGGUUCUUCCUCUCCCUGAACCAGCUGAUGAAGUCCCCGCUGGACGCUUUCAUCUCUUUGCAGGGAGCAGCACUGAAGUACCUGCCUUCCAUCCUCGAGGACGUGUUUGGGAUCUUCGACUCCUCUGCGCUGGGGGCCUUGCUGCGGGACUUCAUCGGGAACCUGCCGCCCCAGCGCCUGCUGAAGCAGAAGCUACAGUCCCUGACCGACAUCGUCAACAGCACGAUCUUCCAGUCCUAUGAGUGCCGAGAGCUGCUGCUGCAGACGACGGUGCCCAUCCUGCAGGAGCUGAUCGAGAAGGGGGAGGAGGAAGAUGCCUGCAUUGAGCUGCUCAGCAACAUCCUGGAGGUGCUGUACAAGGCCCAGAAGGUGAAGGUGAAGAAGCACAUCCAGCUGAUCCUGGAGCGGCUGCUGCACACCGUCAAUCGCAGGGUGAUUGUCCUGGACCGGGAGAACACCUUGCGGAGUCACUACGUGGCCUGCAUGGCCGCCAUCCUGAGCCAGUUGGACAAGGACCACUACAGCUCCUACAUCAAGGCGUUCCCCUCCCGGCCGGAGCUGAUGGACUUCCUCAUGGAGACCUUCAUCCUCUUCAAGGACUUGAUUGGCAAGACGGUGUACCCCUCCGACUGGAUGGUGAUGAACAUGGUGCAGAACCGGGAGUUCCUGCGUGCCAUCAACCAGUUCGCCGCAACCUUGACAGAGAUGUUCCUGAGCAACAGCAGCUUCGAGCUGCAGCUUUGGAACAACUAUUUCCACCUGGCCGUGGCUUUCCUCACCCAGGACUCCCUGCAGCUGGAGAACUUCUCCCAGGCCAAGCGCAACAGCAUCCUGGCCAAGUAUGGGGACAUGAGAGCCACGAUCGGAGCUUCCAUUCGGGACAUGUGGUACAACCUAGGCCAUCGUAAGAUUGAGUUCAUCCCGGGCAUGGUGGGCCCCAUCCUGGAGAUGACCCUCGUGCCAGAGCUGGAGCUGCGCAAGUCCACCAUCCCCAUCUUCUUUGACAUGAUGCUCUGCGAGUACCAGCUGACCGAGAGCUUCAGUCGGUUUGAGGACGAGAUCCUGCGCAAGCUGGACAGCGAGGUGGAGGGCGGCCGUGGAGAUGAGCAGUACAAGCAGCUUUUUGAGAGCAUCCUGCUCAGCUGCUGCCGGAGACACCCCGAGCUGGCCAAACCUGGGGAGAACUUCGUUGCGCUGGUGACUGGGCUCCUGGAGCGGCUCCUCGACUACCGGGCUGUUAUGAAUGAUGAGAACAAAACCUACAGCAUGAGCUGCACCGUCAACCUCCUGAACUUCUACAAGGAGAUUGAUCGCCAGGCCAUGUACAUCAGGCACAUGGCAUGGGGACGGCGGAGCGGCCGUAGGGGCAGGUGGUCGGACGAGGCGAACACAGCCCCCAUGCAGGGCUUGCACAGCCCCAGCCUGCACACCCAGCGCCAGCUCAAAGAGGCUCUCUACAACCAGAUCAUCGACUACUUUGACCAAGGCAAGAUGUGGGAGGAGGCCAUCCACAUCUGCAAGGAGCUGGCGGAGCAGUACGAGAGCGAAGUCUUUGACUACGAAAUGCUGAGUGACAUCCUGCAGCGGGAAGCCAAGUUCUACGAGAAGAUCCUGAAGGUGCUGCGGCCCAACCCGGACUACUUUGCCGUGGGCUACUACGGGCAAGGCUUCCCCACCUUCCUCCGGAACAAGGUCUUCAUUUACCGGGGCAAGGAGUAUGAGCGCCGGGAAGACUUCGAGAUGCGGCUGCUGAGCCCCUUCCCCAACGCUGAGAAGCUGAAGAGCACAUCUCCACCCGGCCAGGACAUCACCAGCUCCCCGGGCCAGUAUAUCCAGUGUUUCACCGUGCAGCCGGCGGAGGAAGCCAAGGUCCGGUUCAAGGAUCGGAGCAUCCCAGAGCAGAUCACCAAUUUCUAUAAAGCCAACCACGUCCAGAAAUUCAGCUACUCGCGGCCCUUCAAGAAAGGCCCAAAGGAUCCAGACAAUGAAUUUGCGACCAUGUGGAUUGAGCGGACGACCUUCGUAACAGCCUACCCCCUGCCCGGCAUCCUGCGCUGGUUCGUGGUGACCUCCACCACCAUGACCAUCAUCUCCCCCCUGGAAAAUGCCAUCGAGACCAUGAUGAAAACGAAUGAGAAAAUCAUGAGCGAGAUCAACCGGCACCAGAACGACCCCAGCCUGCCCGUCAACCCGCUCUCCAUGCUGCUCAAUGGCAUUGUGGACCCUGCUGUCAUGGGUGGCUUUGCCAAGUACGAGACGGCUUUUUUCCAGGACUCCUACCUGCAGGAGCACCCUGAGGACAAGGGGAACAUCGAGAAGCUCAAAGACCUGAUUGCUUGGCAGAUCCCGCUGCUGGCAGAGGGGAUCCGGAUCCACGGGCGGAAGGUGACAGAGGACCUGCGGCCCUUCCAUGAGCGCAUGGAGCAGUGUUUCGUGCACCUGCGGGCCAAGGUGGAGAGCCAAUAUGGGGUGCGGGAGAUGGUCUGCUUUGAGGACCGGCGAAGUGGACGACCCCGGUCUGUGGCCUGGGGAUCUGACUGGGACCGGCUGAGCCAUGCUGGAGACAGGCGACCUGCUGCCCUCCUGGCUUCCCUUUACGCCAAGCUGCAUCUCAGGGGUCCAUCCAGCCAUGACACCAUGGUGGCCCUGUCCCCGUGGGGGAACAUGGAGCAGAGACACCCCACGUGCAGCUCCCAGGCUCACCUGGACACCGUUGUCACCUGA